AUGUCCAUUGUAAACUCAUUCACGAAUGGUGCACAUGAAGAUGAUUCUGAUAUAACUAUUAUAAAUCCUUCAAUUGUACAUGAACAUAAUGAUGAGUAUGUACCUAUAAUAACACGUUUAAAACAAGUUAAUAAUUCAUCUGAAAUUAGACAAGCAACAAAUAUUGAAACAAAUAAUAAUAUAUUAAAAAAUGAAAAUAAUGAUGGUAAACAAGAAUAUAUAUUUAUUGAUCAUAAUCCAAAUGAAAAUGCUAAACAACUUGAACAAAUAUUAAUACAUUAUAUACGUGAUCUAAAACAAGAAACAAAUACACAAAAUGAUUGUGAUCAACAAUUAAUAACACGUUUAAUGGAUAUUAUUCGACCAGUAUAUACAAAUGAUGAAAAAAAACUUAAUGAAUUAGAUAAUAUAACAAAAGAAAUAGCAUCAUUACAUGAUAAACGAUAUAUUGAACAAAAAGAAAAAAUUGAACAAUUACAUACAGAAAUAUGUCAAUUAAAUAAAAUGUUACUCACGAAAAAUGAAUUAUUAAUUUAUAAUGAUAAUAAUCAAAAUGAUUCAAUGUUUCAACCAAAACCAUCAAUCAAUGAUUAUGAUCAAUGGACUGAAAUAGAAGAUGAUGCAAAAAAACUUCAAGAAAUUGUUCAAACACAACGAGAUCAAAUUGAGAAAAUUGUUACUUUAAUAAGUCAAACCGCAACAGCUUCAACUACCCUCAAUCCAACUGAUGUUCCUAUCAAUGAUACCGAAACUAUUAUAACUGAACAACCAACAAAACCAAAUGCAAAUACUAACAUUAUAAAUAGUCUUUUAAGAAAAGUUCAAUAUUUAACUGGACAUCAUACACAACAGGAACCUGCUACAAAUGAUUCAUUAGAAAGAACAACACUUGAAAAUCAUUCACCUGGUAUAUCACCUAGUCAAUCAUUAGCUACUUUAACUGUACAAUCAUUACAACCAACAAUUAUUGAUCAAAAAGAAAAUCUUGAAGAAUCACAAGAUAAAUAUGAUGAAGAAUUAAAUAAUAAAGAAAUUAUUAAUAAAGAAUUAAUUAUUGAAGAACCACGUACACCAACAAAUACUCCAAUAAUGUCAAUGACACCAAAAGAAACAAAAAAAUGUCCUGUUUGUAAUAUUGAAUUUUCAUUAACAACAAAUGAUGAAGAAGUAUAUGAUCAUAUUGAAAAAUGUUUAUUUCCAUCUAAUGAAAAUACAGUACCAAAAGAUUAUGAAUGUCCAUAUUGUAAUCGAAAACUUCCUGGCAAUGAGGAAGUAGCUUAUAUUCAACAUUUAUCUGAUUGUAUUAAUAGAGAGUUUUAA